AGCACCAGUUUAAUGGCGUCUUUAAAUCUUGGUUCGCCGAGGAAAACAUUAUUUCAAAAACAACGUUCAAAUAGUGAACGAAUACAAAAUUUUAGUUUGGACAGAAAUAAUGGGCUGAACAACAGAGAAAAGAUCCAAUUUGAACAUGAUGUUGAGACAAGUGUGAGAACUGUGGAAAGAGAACAACACGAGCAACGAUUGACAAAUCUAAGACAAUUAGCAGAUAAACUAAAGGACGAUGAUUGGAAGUAUACACCAGUGGAAAAGCUACUAGGUCUUCAGUGAUUUCGUUGUAAUGCUCAGGUGGAAAGACUGUUUUUUAAUUUUAUAUUAACAUAUUAUAGAGAGUUUAAUAUCGCCUGUACUUGUACAUUUUUUAAAUAAAGUCAUUGUAUGUGUAUUGUUAUCAA